GAGCAGCAUAAACACUAGUUGGUUGGAUGCUGCAGCUGUAGCUGUGGGGAACAAGAUGCACAGGAAGCUUGGUCCUGGCAGUGGAGACGACCCACACAGAGCCCUGUCCACAUCCCCUGCCCCAUCCCGACUCCUACAAAGAUUUCUUCAUCCCUGUACAACAAGAUCAGGAGUUGCCGAGUGCAGCAAAAGCAGCAAGAAAUAUCCUUGGCAAUUGUAGCAGUUUCUCUUGGCAAGAUCGGUUGAUGCAUUGGGACCACACAGAUAUACAAGGACUUCAAGCAUAGAAAAAAAGCGGACAAAGCGCACUCUGAAAAAAGAAGCAGAAUGGGCUGUGGCAAAAACAGUGGGCUGCUCACUGGGGCGAUCCUUGGUGCAGUGCUGGCUAUAUUUGGAGGUGCCCUCAUACCACUUGGAGAUCACAUUAUUAACAAGACAAUAAGAAAGCAAGAUGUCAUUGAAAAUGGUACAAUAGCUUAUGAAAACUGGGUGGUGCCAGGGAGUCCCAUUUACAGGCAGUUUUGGUUCUAUGAUGUGCAAAACCCACAGGAAGUGAUGCAGAAUGGCUCCCGGCCAAUACUCAGACAAAUUGGACCCUACACAUACAGGAUGCGAUAUUUACCCAAAGAAAAUAUCACUCAACAUCCUGACAACACAGUGUCUUAUAUGCUGCCAAAUGUUGCUAUCUUCGAGCCUGAUAUGUCAGUUGGGUCAGAAAAUGACACCUUUACAUGCAUCAAUCUCGCUGUUGUUGCUGCACCCGCCCUGUAUACAAACUCAUUUGUACAGAUACUGAUGAAUACCUUGAUCAAGUCAUCUAAAUCGCACAUGCUACAAACCAGAAGCGUGAAAGAAAUUCUUUGGGGUUACGAAGACCCCUUCUUAAAAAAAGUACCAAUUUCUAUGGAGCGAAGAGUUGGUGUUUUCUACCCGUAUAAUGGCACAUCUGAUGGACUGUACAGAGUCUUUAAUGGGAAAGAUGACAUAAGCAAAACUGCAAUAAUUCAAUCCUAUAAAAACAAAAGCACGCUUUCCAUCUGGAAAGGCCAGUGUGACAUGAUCAAUGGAACAGAUGGUGCAUCAUUUCCUCCUUUUGUAAAGAAGAACCAGAUCCUGCGCUUCUUUUCCUCUGAUAUUUGCAGAUCUAUCUAUGGCAUAUUUGAGAGCGAGCAGAUUGUGAAGGAAAUUCCCCUGUAUCGUUUUACAGUACCUCGUGCAGCAUUUGCGUCUCCCCUUGAAAGCCCAGAAAAUAUUUGCUUCUGCACAGAAAAGGAUUUCUCAAAAAAUUGCACAUCAGCUGGAGCCCUGAACAUUAGUGCCUGUAAAGAAGGAAAACCAGUGUUUAUUACACUUCCCCAUUUUCUGUAUGCAAGUGAAGAUGUGUCCAACCAUACUGAAGGACUGAGUCCAAAUAAGGAUGAACACGAGACCUUUUUAGAUAUAGAGCCUACCACUGGGUUUACAUUACGAUUUGCCAAAAGGCUGCAAGUAAACUUACUGGUGAAGCGUGAACCAAAAAUUGAUGCUUUAUCAAAAAUUAAAGAAUCCUACAUCUUCCCUAUUCUUUGGCUGAAUGAGACGGCGACUAUUGAUGAUGAGAAAGCAACAAUGUUCAGAUCGAAAGUGAUCUCUCCGAUGAAGCUGCUGAGUUUGCUGCAAGUGGUGCUGAUCAUAGUCGGUUCUGUGAUGUUCCUAGCAUUCAUAGUCUCAUAUUUCAUUUGCCAAUCAAAUAAAUCAAGUGACAAAGGAGUUUCCAUGUAGGCAAUAGUUACUUCCAAUUUCAAACAAGAAGUUUGUACAAUUCAGUGGCAGAAAAAUCUGGUCUCGUGACAGUGUUUAUACACAUUAAAACCCUAUGGAAUUAAUGUAUCUUUCCUUUUUGUGAAGAACAUACAGAAUCCAACUUCUUAUCCAGCAACUCCUUGAUAUUUCAAAAGGCUCGUUUUUACUGCCUUCAUAAAGAGGCCACCACAAAAUCAUAAUCUGAAACCACUAUUGUGGUACCACCCUCAAUUACAAAUAACAUAUUUGCAGAUGAAGACUGAAAUCCAGUUUGGAAUCCAGCCUACAUACUCCCAUUUAUAUGACUUGCUGGUAUGCUUCUCUGGGGACUGUGAGAAUAGAAGUAAAAGCCAGUGACUGAUCUGGUUCCAAGAACACAGGAUGGUGACCUCACAAAGAUCAUGCAGUUUUCUAGAACUUACAUGCAGUAUUUUUUUUCCUCACAAGCAAUGGAUGUUCUUGCAAUAAAACUGCUCUCCUCUCUUCAGAGAUGUGAAUUAUAAUGACUAUCAAGUUUAUUGUGUAAAGUGGUUAACCAUAAUAUCUGAAUGUCAAUAAAGGCUUUCUGAGAAGCUUUA